AUGACAUCAGAGAUUCCGACCUUCCUGAUUGGAAGGACCGGACUCUGUGGGCACCUGGAAGUUCAUGCCCACGAGAAGGCCACGGACAGAACAGAGACUAGUUUCCGUGAGAGGGGACAGAUUAUGGGAAACAUCAUGACCUGGUAUCUAGCGCACCCCCAGGAUGAGCAGAGCCCCCAGCGGAGCACCUCGGGGUAUCCCCUCCAGGAGGUGGUGGAUGAUAAAGUGUCGGGACCAUCAGGCCCUGGGGUAGAUCACAGCCCCCCAGGUAGGUCCCUUUGCCGGAAAAGGAAGAAGGAGUGGUCGGACGAAUCUGAGGAGUCAUCAGAGGAGCCACAGAAGGAACUCAAGCGACAGCGAGUGUUGCUCGUGCUCCCUGAGCACCACGAGGCCUUCAACAGGCUGCUCGAGGAUCCUGUCAUUAAAAGAUUCCUGGCCUGGGACAAAGAUCUGAGGGUGUCAGACAAGUACCUCCUGGCUAUGGUCAUAGCGUAUUUUAGGCGGGCCGGCCUCCGCUCCUGGCAGUACCAACGCAUUCAUUUCUUCCUGGCUCUCUACCUGGCCAAUGACAUGGAGGAGGACGACGAGGCCCCCAAACAAAACAUCUUCUACUUCCUGUAUGGGAAGACCCGCUGUCACAUACCCUCGUUCCAUACGCGUCGGUUCCAGUUAUUCUGUUCCAUGCGCUGGAGGGCCAGGGAGAUCCGCUCUCAGAUAGCCUUGUUCCACAAGCUUCGGUUCCAGUUCUUCUGUUCCAUGCGCUGCAGGGCUUGGGUUUCCCCGGAGGAGUUGGAGGAGAUCCAGGCUUAUGACCCACAGCACUGGGUGUGGGCGCGAGAUCGCGCUCGCCUUUCCUAGAGCUCCAGGGACCGUGGAGGCCUGAGGUCAUCGGCCUGAGAGAAGGUACAUCUGCAUCCUCCGGGGUAAAGGCAGAAUACUGGGGUCUAUUUUGGAAAUCCGAGGAACCCAAUUGCUUGAUCCGGCUUCAAGCCUGGGCAACGUGGCGAGAUCCCCUCUCCACAAAAAUACGAAAAUCAGCCAGGCGAUGUGGGAGGCAUCUCUACUCCCAACUACUCAGGAGGCUGAGGUGGGAGGAUCGCUGGAGCCUGGGAGGUCAGGGCCGCAGGGAGCCCUGAUC